AUGGGCUUCUCUCUAUCACGCUGGCGUCCUCAGCCAGAGGCUAAACCAGCUGUUAUUGAUGCCGAUCAGAAUUAUACGUCUGAUAGCUCUGAUCCUGCGCUUCUUCGCGAUGGAAACCUUGCUUUUACGCGUGUCCAAGGAGGGAAUGACGCGAAGGCUUCUUAUCAGGAGGCUAUCGGUGCGCCUGUCGAGACAAACUCACCGCUGGGCUAUCAUGUUGGAUGGUUGACCAUCAUUUUCUUGAAUGUCAACCAGAUGAUUGGCACUGGUAUCUUUUCGACGCCUGGAAGCAUCCUCAACGCCACCGGAUCUGUAGGACUCGCUUUGAUCUACUGGUUCAUCGGCUUCAUCAUGGCCAUUGCCGGAUUCUGCGUGUAUCUCGAGUUUGCCAGUUAUUUCCCAAGUCGAUCCGGAGCCGAAGUUGUAUACCUCGAACAAGCAUACCCCCGACCGAAGCACUUCUUUCCGAUUGCUUAUGCAGUGCAAUCAGUUGUCUUGUCGUUCAGCAGCAGCAAUGCCAUUGUAGUGUUAUCUCGAUAUCUCUGGAGAAUUGCGGGAAAGACACCUAGUGACUGGGAGAUGAAGGGUGUAGCCAUCGCUGCUUACACACUUGCUGUAAUUUGCGUGAUCGCUCACAACAAAUACUCCCUUUGGGCGGUCAACGUCUUGGGCUUCUUGAAGAUCAUUACCCUCAUCUUCAUAUCAAUCACUGGCUUUGUCGUUCUCGGCGGCAAUGUUUCUCGAAUCCCAGACCCUAACGCCAACUUUCGCAACGCAUUCGAGGGCACAACCAACAACGGCAACGACCUCUCAACCGCCCUGGUCAACAUCGUAUUCUCAUACACUGGCUAUGCCAACGCCUUCAAUGUCGUUAAUGAAGUUAAGAGGCCGAUCCCUACUAUCAAGAAGUACGGUUUUAUCUCUGUCCUUCUGGUUGCUGUUCUGUACAUGCUGUGCAACGUCGCAUAUUUCUCUGCUGUCCCCAAGGAAGAGUUUGCAGAGUCAAAUGAGAUCGCUGCAUCAGUCUUCUUCACCAGUGUCUUCGGUACUAGUGGUGCUGUUACAGCUUUGAAUGUUCUUGUGCUCCUGAGUGCGUACGGAAACCUCCUUGCUACACUAAUUGGCGCUUCACGAUUGAUUCGUGAGAUCGGACGCCAAGGAGUCUUGCCCUUCACUACUUUCUGGGUAUCAACGAAGCCCUUCGGAACACCCAUUGGACCCUAUCUACUGAAGUGGGCCAUGACGUUCAUCAUGAUCGUAGCUCCUCCUGCUGGUGACGCAUUCCAAUUCGUCGUGAGUCUCAAGACAUAUCCCGAAGGUCUGUUCUUUUUGGCCAUGAGUAUCGGCCUCUACAUCGUCCGACGUCACAACAAGCGCGUAGGAAGAGGGCCUCCAGAGUUCAAGGCCUGGGAUAUCGCAGCCGUAUUCUUCAUCCUCAUUCAGAUCUUCAUCAUCGUCAUGCCAUGGUACCCUCCGAAGGGCGGCCCAUACGCCGGUGACGUCAGUUUCUGGUACGCAACUUACUGCGUAGUCGGCAUCGCAAUUAUGAUUCUUUGUGGUGUCUACUACGUCUUCUGGAUCUACAUCAUUCCCAAAUGGAAGGGCUAUGCGAUUCGGCCGGAAGUUCUCGAAGUUGACACAAAUGGCGCCAACACGCAUCGUUUAGUCCGAGUGCCUCUGGUUGAGAUUGAGAAAUGGGAUGCAGAGCAUGACGAGGCUGGGAAUUUGAGACAGCGUCACGUUGGUGGUGGACCAGUGUGUGCAGGGGAGGUACUUGAUCACAAAGAGAUUUGA